GCUUCUGCAAACCACAUAUCAAUCUGGGUGCAGCAAGGGAUGAGGACUGCAGUGCUCUGAGAUCCCAAAAUAAUACUGCGAAGGAUUGCUUAAUAGGCGACACUGCUUUUUGGAUUAAACAGUAAUUAAACCCGAGGGGCAACUGCCACACAGCGGAUAACGGUCCUCAAUCUGUCUUGUGAUGUGACUGCUGCUGCGCCAAAGUGGCGCUUUUGCGCACGAUGGAGGACCUUUUACGCGAGCAGAAUAGUUGGUCGCAGAAUGUUUCCUGGAGCAACUCAAGUCGUGGCAAUGACAGCAACUUAGGAAACACCACAGUGAACCCUUUAAAACGAAAUGAAGAAGUGGCAAAAGUGGAAGUUGCGGUCCUGGUCCUGGUGCUGCUGCUCGCUCUGACCGGCAACCUGUGCGUCCUGUGGGCCAUCCACACCUCCAAGCACAGCCAGUCUCGGAUGUAUUACUUCAUGAAACACCUGAGCAUCGCAGACCUUGUCGUUGCAGUCUUUCAGGUCUUGCCACAACUCAUUUGGGAUAUCACGUUUCGCUUCUACGGGCCGGAUUUGCUGUGCAGGCUGGUUAAAUACCUCCAGGUCGUGGGGAUGUUUGCGUCUACCUACAUGCUCGUCCUGAUGUCCAUCGACAGGUGCUUAGCAAUCUGCCAGCCUCUUCGCUCGGUGCACAAAAAACAAGAUCGCUUCUGUGUGAUCGCCUCGUGGAUGCUCAGCCUGAUCUUCAGCACUCCUCAAGCAUACAUAUUUUCUGUGAGGGACGUCGGGAACGGAGAGUAUGACUGCUGGGGGGACUUCAUACAGCCAUGGGGGGCCAAAGCAUACAUCACAUGGAUGAGUCUCAGCAUUUACAUUCUCCCAGUGGCAAUUCUAAGCAUCUGCUAUGGAUUGAUAUGUUUUAAAAUAUGGCAGAAUUUCAAUUUAAAAACCAGAAGGGAUCACUUCUUGGCUCUCACUCCAAGGCCCUCCAAAGGCGCUCAUCCCCUCUGUCGAGUGAGCAGCGUGAGGCUCAUCUCCAAAGCAAAGAUCCGCACAGUGAAAAUGACAUUUGUUGUGGUCCUUGCCUACAUUGUGUGCUGGACUCCUUUCUUCUUUGUCCAGAUGUGGUCUGCAUGGGAUCCUGCUGCACCAAGAGAAGAGAUGGCCUUCAUCAUCGCCAUGUUGCUGGCCAGUCUCAACAGCUGCUGUAACCCCUGGAUCUACAUGUUCUUUGCCGGUCACCUCUUCCAUGACCUGAUGCAAUGCUUCUUCUGCUGCUGUAGAGAGUACCUGACAGCCUCCUCCUCCAGCUGUGAUCGACAGUGCAGGCACAAAAGCAAAUCCCCCACUUGCGUCAUCAAGAUCACGGGCAGCCAGAGGAGCCUCACACACACAUCCAGCACUGGGGGACCGGGACAUUGAAGAGCCAGUUGAAAGCCAUCCAGGCUUGCUGUAGUCGAGCAAUCCGGCAAUCAUGCAAGUCUCACAUGUCAGGCAUUUAAGCAUCUGCAGUGGCACUGUGGUGGCAACUGCUACAAUUUUUUUUUAAAUUGAGCAAAGUAGACAUUGUAAAUCUCCUGCAAAGAUCUCUAUCGAUGCAUGACUUUUGCUUUCUCAUAUUACCACUUGUCUUCUGGACUCCCUUUGCACCUGCAAACCAUAUAUUUCUCUUACACUGUAGCUUUUUAAGAUGUAUCCUAAACAACCGUAAGCAUUUUCAAAGUUGUUUGUAUGCCUCUGUCCUUUAGUCUUAAACCUUAAAGUCUUGUUUCAACAGUUGUCCUGAUUUCACUUUGAAAGACAAGUAAUUAUAACACAAAUUAUAAUGAUGUUGCACAAGGAAUUCUUUCGUCAAGUCAGUUAAUUCUUACUGCAUUUUAACCUCCUGAGAUCCAUGCUUUUGUUUGGUAUGCAUUUUUAAUUUAGUUAGUAGGAUCUGAAAAGUAUAAAAAACUAAGCAUUGUCUUUGAACAGUUUGUAGUUUUGGGAAAAAAUGAUUUUUUCUGGACUCCAUGAAAUCCAUCAUCCUUAUGUCGGGAUGAUGGAUUUAUUUUUAUCGGUCAUGUGUGUAUAAAAUAUAAAACAGUUUAUUUCAAUGCUUGAACAUUGUUGUGCAAAAACAAAACUACAAACAAAGAAGCUUUCGUUCAAUGUUUUGUAACUCUAUACUCUAGGGCAGUGGUUCCCAAUUAGUACCACCCCAGGGUCAAGGUUUAUCUUAAGUCCUUAGUUCAAGGUCCACACAGUUUAAUACAUUCAGCGUCAUACUUGCGUUUGGCCAUGUCGCCGAGCUAGUUUGUUGUCUUUAUUAAGUAGCUGUCCGUUAGUCACUCACUUUACAGCAGGAAACAGCACUUUAAAAUAAAAGCUCUGUGCUGGAAAUUCACUCUACUUAAAAAUAAAGUGUGUUUUUUACAAACUUGGAAUGUUCCAGAGCCCCUUGUGGUCCGUUCAGAAUGGAUCCGUGACCCACUUCUGGACCACGACCCACCAGUUGGGAACCACUGCUCUAGGGAUCACUGUUAAAUACUGCUCAUUUCAAUGCCUGAACAUGGCUGCGCAAAAGCAAAAUUGCAAAUAAUGUGACGUAUCUGAAUUUUUGUUAUUGCUAUUCCAAGCUAGGAAUGUCUUUUAGGUACAGUCCGUCACACCUAAUUGGCCUGUGUGAAAUGCUGCAACAAUACAAUAUUAAAGUUUCAGUGUAGUGUCCGGAAAUGAGGACAGGUUUAAGUUAAGCAUAAUGAAGUACAAGGUGCAGCAAACCCAAAAUAUGAGGUUAUUAAAGGAUUAGAUUACAAAAAUAUUUUAAGCUCCGUGCGAAUGGGCAUUAAUUCAGUGACUGUAAUGAUUGUUUACACCUUUAAAGCAGCAUUAUUUUGUGUACAGGCAUUUUAUAGUUAUUAUAUUAUAUGGGUGAAUAAAUCCAAUAUAUUGAUAUGCAUACAUGAUAGAUAAUACCUACUUUUGAGGUUUGGCUUAAUGCAAAUAUUUGCAAAGCCAAAAUCCAAACAGUGAGGCUGGUUUCAGCAUGCUCUCAGCAGACUUUCCUGUGCUACAGAUCGACCAGUGUUUGUCUUUUAUGAUGUGAUAUGA